AUGAUCCGCGCAAUUGCUGCCGUCGCCUUUCUCGGCGGCGCUGUCUCCGCAUCGCUGUAUGGCGAGAGCAACCUGAACCAUUCCUGCGUGCUGAGCGACCCCGUCUGGUCGUGCUCCGCCCAGGCCACCCCGGCCCAUGUCGACACCUGCUGCUCCGAGACCUUUGGCGGCCUGGUGAUGGCAACCCAGUUCUGGAACACGUACACCGGCCUCGAAUCGCAGGGCCAGCUGCUGCCGGCCCAGAGCUGGACCAUGCACGGCCUGUGGCCCGACUUUUGCAACGGCUCCUACACCCAGUACUGCGAUCUCAGCCGGCAGUAUGAUCCGGCGCCGUCGCCGAAUACGACGACCGGAUUACCGAAUGGCACCGUCGUGCCCCCGUGGACUGGUCCGACGAUUGAUACCUUCAUCACCCCGUUCGGGAAGUACGAUCUGCUGGCGUGGAUGAACAAAUAUUGGGUCAACCAAAACGCCCCCAACCACGCGCUCUGGGCGCACGAAUUCUCCAAACACGCCACCUGCUACUCGACCUUCGACCUGCCGUGCUACGGGCCCAACGCGCCGCCGCACAUCGACGUGCUGGACUUCUUCACCACGGCCAUCAACUACUUCCGCCGGCACCCGACGUACCAGUGGCUCGCAGCGGCCGACAUCACGCCGUCGAACAAGACCUCGUACACGCUGGCGCACAUCCAGACGGCGCUGAGGCGCGCCAGCGGUGCCACGCCCUACCUCGGCUGCACGGGGCCGCGCUUCAACGAGACAGAGGCCGGUAAAGGGUCGCUGGACAACGGGUACACCGUCCUCGACGAGGUCUGGUACUAUAUGCAUGUGCUGGGCCGCCCGCAGGAUAUGGUCAGCGUGCCGCUGGAUGCGUCCAUCGCUGCCGGAAGCGACACGACCUGCGCGAGGAGCGAGGGUGCUAUCUGGUAUUAUGAGCGUGCGUCGGGGUCGGAGAGGCCAAAGAAGUUAGACUAUGGCCUAGACUAG